AUGGCAAGAGGGCUAUUUGGUGGGGCCUUUAAGGGCCUCGAUGGUUUUGGGAAGACGAUGGAAGAUGUAAAAGUCAAAACUCGUACCGGAGCAUUCUUGACAAUGCUCUCUGCAGCAAUCAUCUUGACAUUCACUAUUAUAGAGUUCAUCGACUAUAGGCGUGUUGUUGUAGACUCUUCGAUUCUGGUUGACCGCUCACGUGGAGAGAAAUUGACUGUCAAGAUGAACAUUACAUUCCCUCGAGUUCCUUGCUAUUUGCUUUCCCUUGACGUUACCGAUAUUUCUGGCGAGAUUCAACAAGACCUUACCCAUAACAUGGUUAAAACCAGAUUGGAUUCGAACGGUCAAAUUAUUCAAGACGGAUUCCACAACAACGAACUUGACAACGACGUUGAGAAGACGAUGAAGGCGCGUCCCCAGGGUUAUUGCGGUUCUUGCUAUGGAGGUGAACCCCCUGAGGGUGGAUGUUGCCAAACUUGCGAGAGUGUCCGCCAGGCAUACAUGAACCGUGGAUGGAGUUUCGGAGACCCAGACGCUAUCGAACAGUGUGUUGCAGAGCACUGGACUGCCAAGAUUCAUGAACAAAAUUCGGAGGGUUGUCAUAUCUCUGGACGCGUCCGGGUCAACAAGGUCACUGGCAACUUCCAUUUCUCGCCCGGCCGCUCGUUUGUUCUUAACCGAGGGCACUUCCAAGACCUUGUCCCGUAUCUCAAGGACGGCAACCACCACGACUUUGGACAUUAUGUCCAUGAGUUUAGGUUUGAAGGCGAAUCAGAGGCCGAAGACGAAUGGCGCGGAACAGAUCGUGGUACUAGGUGGCGCAAGAAGGUUGGAAUCAGUGCCAACCCGUUGGAUCAAGUUAGUGCGCAUGUCGUCGAUGAUAGGACUAAGGCAUCGAACUACAUGUUCCAGUACUUCAUGAAGGUUGUAUCCACCGAGUUCAAGUACCUCGACGGAGAUAUCAUUCGUUCUCACCAAUACUCGGUGACCUCCUAUGAGCGUGAUCUUACUCAUGGCGAUGGAGCCGAACGCGACUCGCACGGAACGCUUACUGCACACGGUGUCCAAGGACUUCCCGGCGCGUUCUUCAACUUUGAAAUAUCACCAAUGAUGGUAGUCCACCGUGAAACUCGCCAGACGUUUGCCCACUUUGCGACUUCCUUGUGCGCCAUCAUUGGAGGAGUCUUGACUCUUGCUUCUAUUCUUGACUCGGUAAUAUUUGCUGCUACUGGUCGCAAAGAUGGUGGGUUUGGUUCACCAAACGGAAAGUUGAUGUAA